ACAUCCAAAAAUCAUGACCCAGCAGAAUCCUUAUCCUUAUAUGUAUCUCUAUUUCAUUCUCUACGUCUGUUUUGGGUCCCCAGGUGGAGGGAGUGAAAAAAGCGCUCCCUACAUAUGUAAAAUUACAAUUUACACCUCAAAAAAAUUGACACGUCAGCCCUCUAAGGGGGAGACGAAUCGUGGAGAUCAUUCGCGACAUACGAUUCGAAGUUUCUCCAGUGCUUUCUCUAUUCUCCAUGGGUGUCGUACUGAAGAAAUCGACAAAAACAGCCCUCCUCCACUAGCCAUAUCAUAUGGAGACUCAAAUGCAUGAUGAAAGCAUGGACAAGCCAAAAGUUAGAAAGGCAGAAAAUUAUACGGUAGCGGAAGACCUCAUUUUAAUCGCGGCUUGGGAACAUACUAGUGAAGAUGUCGUGAUUGGAACUGAUCAAGCAAAAGAACAAUAUUGGACUCGAGUGUGGAGAGAGUAUCUUUCGAAUGCAAGUAGUUAUCCCUAUCGACCGGAGAAAUCAAUAAUCAAUCGAUUCAGCAUUAUCCGGACUAAAUGCUUAAAGUUUUCUGGAAUUGUUCAGAGCAUUGAGUAUGCGAAUCCGAGUGGAAUGACUGAGCAAGACAAGCUUAAUCAAGCCAUUAAAGCAUGGUCUACUGAGGAGAAGGAAAGAGGUGUCUUCAAGUUUUUACAUUGUUAUCAAGCGCUCAAGAAUUCUCCGAAGUGGAUUACAGAAGUGGUGCACCCCUAG